GUCUUCCUUCUUCGCGACGCGUAACCGCGACGGGCCUACGAUCGGUUUCACGAGCGACGUCGCCUCGUGACAGCGUAACGGGGAUAUCCCGGAGUAAGCGAAGUGACGCGGACGGGAACGGAAUCGUGUUCGUGGAGUAGCGGCGCCCAAGAAUAGAAGGAGAGAGAGAGAGACUCGCCGUUCGCGAGCAGUUCGCGAGCGACCGGAGGACGCGACAUAACGCGACGCAACACCACGCAACGACGCGGCGCGACGCGAUCCGAUCCGACCCGACCCGACCGACGCGCGCGACGUUCCCAUUUCGGUUUUCGUCGGCCGGCGUGCGGAGCGCGGGCCGCGGGGUCCCCCACGGAGAGUGAGAGAGCGGCCGGCGGUGAUGCCCGACGACGAGCUCUCGUGAAACCGCGGAAGGUGACACGGCGCGUUUGUGCGUUCCAGGAGUAAACGGCCCGGCGACCUCGCGGGAGCCUCCUCGGGGGAGUGGGGAAGAGAAGAAGCCCGGACGUGCGCCGCUACAGGAAGUUUCUCUCGCGAAGUCGAGUAACGAUUAUAGGAUCAGCGCUGACAUCGAUCUUGCUGCACCAAUGGAUAUGUCGCGAUGGAGCCCGAGAUAGAAAAUAGGUGCGAUGGAGUCUCGCGGAGCCGGCUUCUACUAUGAGUUGAGGCUUCGUAAUUAAUCGGGACUGGCAUGGAGAAGGAGAACUCCGCAUCGGGCGGGGGCGGCGGAGGCGGCGGAGGUGGCGGAGCUGAAGCGACGGCGGGGACUCCGGGCGCCACCUCCACCUCCGAGAAACUCCAGGCGGACCAGGCCAAUCCGUUGCUCGAUCCUACUGCACUCUUCGGCGCAUACUGGCCUCGAGGCGACAGCGCAGCGUCGUCGCUCUUCGGCGGGAUGCCGGGUGGUUAUGGCCUGGGGGCCCCCCAUUUGCCCUCGGCUUACGCUAUUCUGGGCCGGGGGAGCUCAGCGCCUGGCUUCGGGGGCCACACACCAGCCUCGGCGCCACCCCCGUCCCCGUACCCUCACAGCAGCCUCGGUACACUCAGCGUGGCCGCCAGUCAAGCUGCGAGUCUGGGCAUCAAUCCAGCAGCCAGUGCAUGGUGGACAAUGGCCUCUCAUCUGGCGGCGCAAGACUACCUCGCGAGGCUACAAGGAGCGGCAGGACUCCCAGGAUUUCCGCCCGGUGCCGAGAGCCUCCUGCCGCCGUAUCCCGCCUCUCUACUUAAUCCCCCGUCCCUCUCGUCCCACAAGUCCAGUAAGUCUAAGUCAAGUAAGAGUCACAAGACACCAGCUAGCAGUAGUAGCUCAACCACGCCAAGUAUGACGAGCAGCAGUCUGCCGGUGUCCACUCAACCACCGGUGACGUCCUCUCAUCACAGCACUCCGGUCAGCAGCACGCCAAAUUCGCAGUCGAACGUCGUCAGUGAUCCUAGCAGUAUAUUGGGAGGUGUGCGCCUACCUCCCGACACGGAGAUUAUCAAGUAUACGUCGAGUAUAGUCGGUCCGAAGGUUCCUGGGACGACGAACCGCGGCAGGAAGAAGACAAUAUCUUUGGACACUCCUAGCGUCAGCGUACAUCCGCCGGCGGUCCCUGCCCUUAGCGCCCAUCAGAUCAACACGACGUCAACCGCGUCGCUAAUGAUGGAACCGAGGAAGUAUAAUCGCACGGGGACCGACUCGAACGAAUACAGAGAUUCGGUGGAUCGAGUAGAGGUAAUCAAACUGCCGGCCCAUUCAACGAACGGCUCCGUUCUGUCGGCGCCACCGACGUAUACUAGCAGCAGUAGCAGCGGUAACAGCAAUGCGAACAACAACAUCAACGAUUCGGACGCGCCCCUAAAUCUCUCCCUGAAGCCCGCCACGACGAGCAGUAGUUCGCCGAUUUCUGGUAGUCAGCCGCUCAGUCAGCUCAGUAAUUUAAGCCAAUCGUUACUUGCCUCCGAUCGGACGUCGAGACGAAAGCCCGGACCAAAGCCGCGAAGAGUGCCGCAGAAUUCGGUGCCGGUGCCGGCGUCGCCUAGUCCCUCUUUGGCGCAGCUCUUCGCCGCCGCGGACUCGCCACAACGGCCGAGUAGCGGCAGCGAGGAGAGCGAAAGUGCGAGCACUGCCACCCAUCACAAGGACGGUAGGCCACGAAAUCUCGGCCGCGGUGUGUCGAAGCCUAAAAAGAACACGGUCGCGUCGUUGUUAGCUCAGAGCAGAGCUCUAGGAAUUAAGCCGACUCCGACUUUGGAUCCAAGUGUGCCAUUGUCUCACCAAGUAUCGUUGUUGAGAUCGAAUAUAUUGGCGGCUCAAUUGCACGCUUCCGUCGCUACUGGCCAGGACGAUAAGAAUCAGUACUAUCACUUGCUAACGAAGAUACAGAAGAAGAAGCGACCUCGACCAAUUCGUGCUUCGUGGGCGAGGAGCCAUGAAAAAAUGAAAAACAAGUUGCUGGAGGCCUCGGGAGAAGAGAGUAACAUGGACGUGACCAGCGAGAGCGGCAGUAACACCGACGUUGUCACGGAUACCGAUGACGACAAUACGGAAGGCACACCCAGCGCGAAGAGGAGAAAGCUCAAGCCCAGCGAAAGAGACCUUCAAAUGCCGUUAGAGCGCGGUUGGAAGCGUGAAACAGUUAUCAAGGGACUAGGAAAGACGGGAGUGAUAAAAGGCGACGUGUCGUAUUACAGCCCCUGCGGGAAAACUUUUAGGAGCAGUCCCGAUCUGGUGAAGUUUCUGGAGCAUCAGAAUCCAGCCGAGCUAACAACCGCCAAUUUCUCGUUCUCCUCUCGCCCGUUGGUCGGGGAAUUCCUGCAGCCAACGAUGGGUCUAGCGGAGGCUGAAUUCGUCAGACUCGGUGCUCAGGAAGUAGCGCGAAGAUUGGAAGAGCUCAGAGCGGUCGGUGGUUUCAGAGACGCACGGCCGAACAAUCAGUACGAGAGAGACAAGCUGGCUUACGCGAAGAAACUCGCGAAGGAAGAAGCGCAACGGCACAAAGAACAAGCUAGGCUUAUUAAGGAGCAAGAGAAGACGGAACGGCAGGAAACCUUGAGACGAGAACGGGAGAUCAGGAAUCAACAGCUACUCGAGGGUCGAAAGCGGCUCGCGUUCACGAUCAAGCAGAAAAUGAAGAUCAUCCAAGAGAUCGAGCGCGGCAAGAGCAAGAGCGACGUGGCUCGCGAGCUGGGUCUGGCGAGCAGUACGGUCGCCACCAUCUGGAAGAAUCGCGAGAGCAUCGCCGAGAGCUGGCGCAACCGGGACAUGAUGCACCAGGCGGACGUCGAGGACGUGCCGUCUUCGAAGAAGCCGCCGUCGAUGUCGUCCCUCGCGUCAACCACGGCGGCCGCGCUCUGCACGCCGGUGGCGAUGACAACGAUGACGACGACGACCGCGAUGACGACGACGCCGCCGUCGUCCCUGGCAACCGGCGUGGUCGUGCCGCCUCCGCAGGUGCAGGUGGUGCCGCCGGUCCUGCCGCCGCCACCCUAUCCCACCCUGACCCUGCCGCCGGCGUCGGCGGGCCUUGUGCCGUCACCGCAGCCGACGGCGCCGAUCUCCUCCUCGUCGAACCUGUCAUCGACCACCACAUCGACCGGCACGACGACCGCGACCAUGCCGCCGGACAAUACUCAGCAGGCACAGACCCAGACGCAGAGCCAGGAACUUCUGGAGGCACGGAAAAAACGGGAGGAAGAGGUGCAGAAGAUCCGACUGGAAGAACAACAAAGGAAGCAACAGGAACGAGAGCUGAAGCGGCAGCAGGCGGUCAUGCUGAAAGAGCAGAUGUACAUGCAGGAGCUCACCAAGCAGCGCGAGAUGCUCUACACCGUCGAGCUGGAGAGGGAGAGAAGGAGGCAGCAUAUGGCCCUGGUACGGGCACUGGAGAACCGUCGGAAGAUGGAGGAGAAAGAGAAGAAACGCCUGGAGGCCAGGGCCGAGAGGAUAGCGACGAAGGAAAAGCGGGCAGAACAGAGGAGAGUCGAGAUGGAGUUGAUCGAACAAAUUCGCAAGCCCGUGGAGGAUAUGGAGCUGACAGAUCACAGACCACUGCCAGAAGUCAAAAGAAUACCUGGACUUAAGCUCUCUGGGCAAGCGUUCGCGGACAUCGUCAUGGUCUUCGAAUUUUUGCACAACUUCGGGGAGACUUUAGGAUUCGAUAUGGAAUCACUACCGAGUUUGAAGAGUCUUCAACUCGCUCUUCUCAACGACGAAGAAGCCGAAGAGGAGAUGCUGUCGGUUAUGACGCAUCUGUUGGUGUGUGCCAUUGAAGAUCCCGGAAUCCCGCAGCCGGCUAGACACACCACAGGCCUGGGUCAGAGUUUGCGUCAAGCUGACAUCACUCACGCCAACAUCAGUGAAGUACUGCGAAUUUAUUUGUACGCGAACGCAACCGGCGAAGUGAAGGCUCUGACAGGGGUGUGCCUUGAGCGUGAGCGCGACAAGAAAUUUGCCGAUCAUCAUCAGAACGGCGGCGAUUACGCUUCGACCUGCUCGGGGAAGAACGCGCAGUUCUAUGAGCACUUACAUAACAACGAAACGUGGAAGAUGUCGGAAAGAUUGCGAGACAAGCCUUUCCUAGCGUUGAAUCCGACGCAUAAGGCGCAGAUGCUCGCUUUCCUUUGCAACGAGCUGCUGCAAAAUAAGGCUGUGAUCAGACAGAUAGAGGGUAGCCUCGAAACGGUGGCUCAGCUGAGGAAGGAGAGAUUCGUAUUGGAUACCAAAAUCAGAAAUUCAUACAGGCUUAGACAAUUACACAGUCGAAAAGUCCGAAUGGAAGCUGUAGGCGUCAUUGUAAACAAAAUUGGUGACACAAUCACCAUCGAGAAAAAGGAAGGUGAGGAAGAAGGCAAUACUACGUCCACUGCCGUAGGUACGACACCUACACCGGACGAGAUUCAUCAUGAGGACGAAGUAGAAGACAUGUCUGAGAAUGAGAGUGAAGGCACUCAGCCAGAAGAGGAGGAAGAUAAAAAUUUGUCUGGCGAAGAAUUAGGUAAGAAAUUGGAUAAACUGUUGAAGCAAUCAGAGGAACAACUGCAAAAGCUGAACAGCUCUUCGAAGCAACUCCGUGCGCACAUAUUCGGCCAGGACAGGUAUUGGAGGAGAUACUGGGAAUUAGCAUGCGCCGGCGGCAUCUUCGUGGAAGCCAUGGAGAGCGCCGAACCGGAGAUUCUCGACCUUCAAGCUGAGCUUGACGAGAAGUACAAAAACAUGCCGGUAGAGGAGAAGUCCGAGGUGAAGCAAGAGGGCGAAGGCAAGACGAAUUCCGAAAAUCAUGAAAAUGAGGCACCGAACGAAGUUAAGGAUGAAAAGAAACACAAUUCGAAUGAGCAAGAUGAGGAUAUGAAAUCUCAUGAGGAUAAGCUGAAGUCCGAAGUGGAGGAGGUUAACUGUAAGAAAGAGUCUGUACAAAAUUGCAGCUCGGAGAAUUCCGAGGGUGUAAAGGAGGAGAAGAGAAACAACGACGUUGAUAGUACAAUGACAGAUGCAAAGACGAAUGUCACGUCCGAAGAAAUAAAACAAGAAACGGAGGUGAUCAAUGCAGAUGUCGAUAUGAAAGAGGAAGUGAAAAAGGAGAACGAGGAAAUGGAUGAAGAUAUGACGAAACCUUUGGUGAAAACGAUGGAGGACAAGAUUGUGGAAACGAUACCGAAUGGCGACAAGUUCAACCACGUCAAUAAUCUGCACAACGGGAAGGAACUCAACGGCUCCUUUAUUUCUAUUAUGUCGAUUAUUUCAGAUAGCAGCAAUGCCGAGCCUAAUUGGUUUUCCAUCUUACCGCGUGAAACGUGCGAUACUCCGGGACCUAGCACUAAGCAAAUAUUUGGCAUAGCCGAGCCGACCGAGCUCAGAAUCCCAAUAUUCCCACCGCCAGCUAGUCCGAGUUACGAUAGAUGUGACAGUCCAGCGCCCCUGAUAUUAACUCAAGAUGAGGCAGUACAAUUAGAAUAUUUGAAGGUGCACGGUUUACCGCCUCCUGGCGAAGCCAAACCGGUGCCGACUGAUCUGAGAUACGGUUGGUGGAGGAUAACAGAUGUGGACACGUUCCAAGAGCUUCUCGAGCAUCUACAUUCUCGCGGCGUCCGCGAGAAAGAGUUGAAGCGCACAACGUGGGCGACGAUGGAAUCCUUUUUAGCCGUAACUGGUAAAAUUAAUGUUGAUCCUGGCAACAUCGCCGCCACGGAACUUCAAGGAGAACAAGACGAUCCCAACACGCCAAUUCCGAAGCCUGAUAAUCCGAGUAAUUGGAGCGAGCAAGUUGCUCUGCGAGUAGAUGCUCAACUCUUGGAGCAAGUGGAAGCGCUUGAAGAUAAAGUGGCUAACGCUAGCAUGCAAGUCAAAGGCUGGAAACUACCGCCGCGAGCGGGAACUGAGGAAGCCGAAGAAAUUGAGAAGUUGAAUGAAAUGGAGAAGAUUAGCGCGGUCGAGCAAGCGCGGCAAAGGCUACUUUCUUUGGAGGCAGCUAUUGAAAGGAGAUACUUGAAACCACCUUUAGGCGUUUGCACGGGAGAUCCCAACUUAGCAGCCCUCAAGGCGGAACAGGCGGCGGCCGCUAACGCAAACUCGAAUAAUUCCGAGCAGAAUAACCAGGCGCCUGCACCGCCAGAGGAAACAACGCCGCGGGGUCUGAACACUUGGCGGGAGGCGACGGCACGAGCGCACACGUCGGCGCAACUCGCUAUGGCGCUCUACAUGCUCGAGGCCAGCAUCGCUUGGGACAAGAGCAUCAUGAAGGCUGUGAGUCUAACAACAGCUAGAAACUCGGUCUGCGCCAAGCUACGAAACCGCUGCGUCUCACUCAAAGCUACCAAUCAGUACAAACAGCUAUUGACUACUUCUCAGACCUCUAAUUGCCAGUUUUGUCACAGUGGAGACAACGAAGAUAAGCUGCUGCUCUGUGAUGGCUGUGACCGUGGCUACCAUACUUACUGUUUCCGUCCAAAAAUGGAAAACAUUCCUGAUGGUGACUGGUAUUGUCACGAAUGUAUGAACAAAGCAACAGGUGAACGCAAUUGUUUAGUGUGUGGAAAGAGAGCGGGUAAAAACCUGGUCCUAUGCGAACUCUGUCCUAGGGCUUAUCACACUGACUGCCAUAAUCCUGUCAUGCCAAAAAUGCCACGAGGAAAAUGGUAUUGCUCUAAUUGCCACAGUAAACAACCAAAGAAGAGAAAUAGUAGUCGAAGGAGUCAUACCAAAGGGGGAGGCACCAGAGAAAGUGAAAGUUCUGAUCAUCCACCAGCUAGUCCAACGCCAUCAACGGCAUCGAACACGCACGUAGAGGAUGUCAGUUCGUCGGAACCGCCGACUCCUACCGCCUCACCACGGAAGGAGGGUAACAAUCGGACGCUCACGAAGAAGCAACAACGAGAGCUGGCGCCUUGUAAGAUACUCCUCGAACAGUUGGAGCAGCAGGACGAGGCCUGGCCGUUCCUCCUGCCGGUGAACACCAAACAGUUCCCGACCUACAAGAAAAUCAUAAAAACCCCCAUGGAUCUCAGUACGAUUAAGAAGAAAUUGCAGGACUCCGCGUACAAGUCUCGCGAUGAGUUUUGCGCCGAUGUCAGGCAGAUGUUCAUCAACUGCGAGGUAUUCAACGAGGACGACAGUCCUGUGGGCAAGGCCGGCCACGGGAUGCGCAGUUUCUUCGAAAUGCGCUGGACCGAGAUCACCGGCGCGCCACCUCCGCAUCCGCAAACGCAUAGCUGAGGCUCGGUACGUUCGCGCAACACCUGCAACAGCUUCGCUCACUUCUACUAUUAGGAUACGCGCCGCGUCACUGACCGCGACUAGACCGACAGUCGUCGAAAGGGACUCUGAUCCAUCCCUCUACCACUUCACUUCCGAGCAUUAGUCGGCCUCGUUCUAGCGGCCGAUCGAAUUUUCCAUUGUAAUAGUAAUCGUUGCGAACGCGGGCACGCUCUCGCCUAUCUCGCGUAUCAUCCAUUCUCGCUGUUCAUCACGUACGCGAGUGCGUUUUUUCUCGCGUUUCAUAAGACGCUCUAGUACUCGGGUAUAUACUGUGACACGAAUGUCUCGUACUUUAUUUCCUUGUUAGCACUUAUGACGCGGUUUUCGUCAAACCUACUCAUUGUAAAGUAUUAUAGCGAGACGUUCUCAGCCGAUCGGACACUCGGCUUCGGUUUAACGAAUAUUGAUAAAUGUGCGAGAAGCUUCGCACUUAGGUCGAGAUCUUGGUCUGCGGUAACAAGCACCUCCUCGACGUGAUUAAUCAGAUACGAGUACGCGCGCAUUAUUUCGAUCCCCGAUCGAUCGGGACGGAGCAAUGCGAAUGGUCAUUGUACUUACCGAUAAACAAGUGAACGUUUGCCUAAGCAACAAAAAAAAAGUGUAAUUUGCGAUUGUAUUAUACGGGCUUGAUGCCGACGCAUCGUCGGCGAAAGAAAUAUUUUGCAAAGUAAUAAAUGUGAAAAAAAGAGAGAAGUUAUAUAUGUAUAUAUAUAUAAUUAUGAAUAUGAAUAUAGUGUAUAUGUAUACAGAAUCUAUAUACACACAUAUAUUGUACACAUGUCACAACAUGCAUACAUUCAAACGUACAUUUGCCCACGGAUGAGCACGAUAAGGGUAUUAUUCGCCGUAGAAGUAGAAUAGACAAAAUGAUGAGCGAAGUUAAUGUUUGAAUUUGUAGUAUAAUAGUCUGGCUAAUCAGAAUAACUUUUGUUCGCAAAUUACAAAAAGAAACUUGAUUCGUUCUCAGCACAAGCGAAGAGAUCAGGCAACUUGCGUCCGACGAGAAAGAAUAUAAAGUUUUUUUUAAUAAUUUGAGAGUAAGAUUUAUUCCGGCCAUGUGCGCGGACCGUCGUAUUACAAAUUGAAGAAAAGAUCUUAACACCGUUUCGCAGAACCAUUUUGGUUUCUUUUGUUUUUUGCAUUUAAUUUUGGAUUUCGUUAACUUGUGAGUUGUAUGACGCAUGAUGUACGCAGAACGUAUAUAUAUUAUUCGUGACAUGACGAAGAGAUAGAAAAUAUUCGUAUUUUCACACAUCAGUAUUCCGAGACGAGACUAUACGUCUUUACUGUGACUGUUGUAUUGAUUCGCGGAUAUUUAAAAUCUGGCAAAUUAAUAAGUGUAGGAUAACUCUAUCAUAACUUCAAUUACUUUUUUAAAAGCGAAGAAAUUUAGACGGUUAUUAUAACUUAGUCAAUUUCCCAUUAAUUAAUUAACCAUGUGUCGGGUCUUGCGUACCCUAUGUAUGAACGAUACUUUGAGAACUCUGCUCGUAAAAAAAAAAAUGUCAAGUCUUUCUAGAAUACUCCGUCUGCUUGAUUUUAUGCAACACAACGUCGUUUCGACUUAGUAUACGUUGCGAUUGUGCAAAUCUAAACUCUUCCACUGCCGUUAGAGAGAUUCGCAUUGCGUUAAGCUCAUCAGUCCAAAAUAUUUAUUAUUUAGAUAUUAUUAACUGAUUGUGCGCGCGGAAAUGUUCAUUAUCCGCGUCCAUUUAGCUUCCUAUCUUUCGUUCAUCGAUUCAUAAAAGUUCCGAAUCAACGCAACAUAUACACGACAAAAUUAUUCAGGGACGACAUCACCAUUCUCUGUCAGGCUGAUCCCAAAAUGCGAUCAGCGUGAAGAUUAUUCGAAUGCAGUAAGAAGAAUGCAUUGCACUGCGAGCGCCUUUGAGAGGACGAAUUCUUUUCCGGGAGUAACGAAUACGAUUACGUUUUUAUUGUCAUUGAAAAGCUAGGUUUUCGUAAUUACACCGUGCGUAGUAUUAUUAUUAUAAUAUAAGAAUUAUAUCGCAAUUCUGCCCGCGUCCGUCGAGCUCGACGACGCGGAGACUCGCGUCGGUUCUCUGCCAUCAGCGCGGAGUUUCCCCAAGGACGACAAUCGACGCUCGGUCGAUCGUCGAAAGAUCUUUUCGAACCAAGUGUCGUCGUCGCAGCAUCGCCGUUAGAAUAAACGCGAAGGAAAUAGCACAUCGCGCUGCGCACGAUAGAUUGUCAGACGGCGACGAGAAUUUAUCCGAUUAAUAAUAAACGUGAUACCUUUGUGAGUGCGAUCAUCUUACGCGAGACGGUGUCGACAAUGUGACGAGAGCACAUUAACACUUGUAUCUUGUUUUGUAUGUAAUUGAUGUACAUUAUUGCUCGUAAUAGCGAAAUAGUUGGUAAAUAGCGAGAGGAACCCGAGGAAAAGGGGAGUUCAGCCGUAGUGUGACGUGCUAAAUGAUUACGGUUUAAAGAAAAAGGAAAAAAAAACAUUCGUAGCGUGUAAAAGUAUUAGCUAGAGUAUAAAUGCCCGCGGAGGGGCGACGACGAAGUAAAAAAUAAAUAAUAUCGUUCGGGGUGCGAAAUUGAAACGGGAGCGUCGUAAUUUAGGAACGAACAUCCGGUAAGAUCGCUGACGAGAUUGCGCGAUAAUUAUAAAUUCUGUGGCGUCCCAUUGUCUCGAGUGUCGAGAAAUAGCUCGCUAGUUUCACCCGUGAAGAUUUGCUGAUGAGAAUAAAUAAAAAAGAAUCUAACAGAUCUUAUAUGAUUUUAAGAACCUACGAAUUUAAUUAUUAAUCUGUCUCGACGGUUGAGAUACAGCAUUCACACUCAGUGUAUUAAUUUGUGAAAGUCGUAAGAAAUUUUAUUGUUUCUUUUUUUUCCCGUUUGCCUCCGUUUCUCGACACCAUGUCUAAUUUUAGUAUAUGUAUGUAAAAAAGAAAAAAAAAGAGAACCGCUAGCUCUCGCAAUAUACGACGGCACGAGACUGCAAUUAGUUCAUAUGUAUAAGUUUAUUGUAAAGCGCAGAUUUGUGGGGCAUUUUGUCGAUCUUACCGAUUGUUCUUCGGGAGGCACCGGCCGUGCCGUUUGGAGCACCGCGCCUCGCACCGUCAUACAGUAGCCGAUACGUUUAGACAUCUCAUACAUUCAGACGACAAAACCGACACAACAGAAACAAAUAAUUUUUUAAAAUUUAAUUAUUAUUUAAAUAGUACAGUUACAUUGUUAGUACGAAUAACGACGCUUUUUAUACGAAUUUUAGUUUUUAAACGUCGAUCUUACGAUAUAUAUAUAUAUAUAUAGUAUAAAUAAAUGAAUAAAUAUAUAUAUAUAUAUAGUAUAUAAAAAUGAGAGACAAUGGUAAUAGUAAUAAUAAUUGAUAUCGAUUAACUAAGGAGCGGAAGAUAAAGAGAAACGAAGGCAGUGUUUGGGAGAAGAGCAAGUGAACGAGCACGAGAAUGAAAGAAAAAGAGAGAAAGAUAAAUGAGAGUGCAUGUGUGUGCGAAUGAAAAUGAAAGAGAGAGAGAGAUUAAGUUAGGUGAUUGUUUGUCUAUCGUAUACACGAAGGCAUACGUUAGGUAGCCUCGAUGCUAUUUAAACAGACUUAAUUAAUGUAUUGCAAAUGAAUUAAUAAAGUGUAAGCGAAGCGUGUAUCUAUA